UUGAUACGUAGCUUGCGUGGCAUUGAACCGAAGAUCGCGUCCACCGCGUGGAUCAGCGAGGCCGCUUACGUGGUGGGCAACGUGGUGAUCGGCGAGUACAGCAGCAUCUGGCCGGGUGUGACGAUACGGGGAGACGGUGAGCUCAUCACCAUCGGCAAUCACGUCAACGUCCAGGAGGGUUCCGUGGUGCAUGGCGACGGGCUGGUGAUCGAGGACUAUGUCUCAAUUGGACACUGCGUGGUGGUGCACGGCGACCGCAUUGGCACAGGGAGUCUACUGGGCAACAACUGCACGUUUUUGACCGAGUCGACAAUCGGCAAGGAGUGCCUGAUUGCCUCCAACGCGGUGGUGCUGUCCAACGUAGACGUGCCCGACCGCAGCUUCGUGGCGGGUGUUCCGGGAUCGGUGAAGCGGGCGGUUUCGGACGAGCAGAUCGAGCAAAUGCGCAUGACCGCCGAGCACUUGGUCGAACGCGCGGAGUGGUUCAAGGAAAGCGGCCUGUAA